ACCAGGGAGGGGGGGAUGGCGGAGCGGGCGCCGGAGCCCGAGGCGGAGGCGGAGGCUGAGGCGGGCGCAGGCGGGGAGGCGGCGGCCGAGGAGGGCGCGGCGGGCCGCAAGGCGCGGGGUCGGCCGCGGCUCACGGAAUCGGACCGAGCCCGGCGGCGGCUCGAGUCCCGGAAGAAGUACGACGUGCGGCGUGUGUACCUGGGCGAGGCUCACGGGCCCUGGGUGGACCUGCGGCGCCGCAGCGGCUGGAGCGACGCCAAGCUCGCAGCCUAUCUCAUCUCGCUGGAGCGCGGCCAGCGUAGCGGCCGCCACGGGAAGCCUUGGGAGCAGGUCCCCAAAAAGCCAAAGCGGAAGAAAAGGAGGCGACGCAACGUGAACUGUCUGAAGAACGUGGUGAUCUGGUACGAGGACCACAAGCACCGCUGCCCGUACGAGCCGCACCUGGCCGAGCUGGACCCCACCUUCGGCCUGUACACCACAGCCGUGUGGCAGUGCGAGGCCGGCCACCGCUACUUCCAAGACCUGCACUCGCCCCUGAAGCCACUCAGUGAUUCAGACGCCGACAGCGACAAAGUGGGCAAUGGCCUGGCGGCCAGCAGCUCCGACCCUUCUAGUUCCGGCUCCGGUUCUGACUCGGAGGAGCCCCCCGAGGGCCCGCCGGCCAAGGGAGCGGCUGUGGCGGCGGCGGCGGUGACCCCCUCCAGCCCGGCGGGCAGCAGCGGGCUCAUCACUCAGGAGGGCGUGCACAUCCCCUUCGACGUCCACCACGUGGAGAGCCUGGCGGAGCAGGGCGCCCCGCUGUGCCCCAACCCGGCGGGCAGUGGGCCCGAAGCCCUGGAGACGGUGGUGUGUGUGCCGGUGCCCGUGCAGGUGGGCCCGGGCCCCGGCACCCUCUUUGAGAACGUGCCCCAGGAGGCGCUGGGCGAGGUGGUGGCCAGCUGUCCCGUGCCAGGCAUGGUGCCCGGCUCGCAGGUGAUCAUCAUCGCAGGCCCGGGCUACGACGCCCUCACGGCCGAGGGCAUCCACCUCAACGUGGCAGCAGGCAGCGGUGCCCCCGGCGGGGGCCUGGGGGACGAAGUGCCCUGUGCCGUGAUGGAGGGCGUAGCAGCCUACACCCAGACGGAGCCCGAGGGCAGCCAGCCCAGCACCAUGGACCCUGCCGCCAUGGCAGGCAUCGAGACCAAGAAAGAGAAGGAGGACCUGUAUGUGCUCAAGAAGGAGGAGAAGGAGGAGCCUGUGGCCCCAGAGCUGGCGGCGGCAGCGCCUGAGAGCGCAGAGCCCGAAGCCGAGGCAGACGGGGAGGAGCUGGAUGGCAGUGACAUGUCGGCCAUCAUCUAUGAGAUCCCCAAGGAGCCCGAGAAGAGGCGGCGGAGCAAGCGCACUCGGGUGAUGGAUGCCGACGGCCUGCUAGAGAUGUUCCACUGCCCCUACGAGGGCUGCAGCCAGGUCUAUGUGGCCCUCAGCAGUUUCCAGCUUCUCACCGACCCUGCCUCAGCCACAGGGCACCAGGCGUCACCUCACUGCCUUCCCCUCCUGCUCUCCAGUGACUUGUCCUGCCUUCUCAACCAGCCUCUCAACUCCUCCUGCCUUUACCCAGGCCACCUUCUCGGCUCAGGAUGUCCCUCCCCCAGGAAGCCCACCCUAGUCCCCCAGGGCGGGUGGGGCCUUUGAGCCCCUGAUGACCGCACCACCAGGACACACCUGUAGUUUGUCCUCUGGAGCCUGGACGGGACGCCCCAAGGGCAGAGCCAGGGUCUCGUCACGUUCCCACUGGUGGCAGGAGGCGGCACCAGUGGCCCUUUGCAUUUGCCGAGUUUCGUUUUCAUUAAGCAUGUAUUGAGCACCCACCAGGUGCCAGGCCCGGUGCCGGGCACUUGGAGCUGCAGGGGUGCUGCAGGGGUGAGUUAAAGAAUAAAAGAACAAAGGAAUGAAUGACUCUGGGUGGCAGGGAGAGCGAGGUGGCUGCCUGCUCCAGGCCGUGGAGACAGCGUAGCUCCAUGGCAAAGCCUACUGUGGGAGUUCACCCUGGAAUCCAGUCCAGCCCUUCCCCUGCCCACCUGUGAGACACACGCCAAACUGGAAGCCUCUGGAGCCUCAUCCGCCAUCCACAAAGUGGGCAAAGGGCGGGGCCCCAGCACAGGGUUAUGACAAGGCUGACUGAUGCCCCAGCCCAGGCCCUGGCUGCAGUAGGUGCACAGUGAAGUGGCAGUAGAUUCCAGUUGUGCCCCGGGGUCCCUGCUCAGAGCUGGGAGUCCCUCCCAAGGGCAGGGGCACCCAUCUUCCUCCAGGGGGGCUGGCCCCAGCCUGCCUCCCAGCUCCCCUUCUCUGUCCCCACCCUGGGGAGCCCUGGAGGUGGCCCCUGGCACCCACAGCCCCGCUCCACCCCUCUUGC